UGUUGUUAAUAACAGAUGGAGCGGCAGUGGGCGUCUCAUGGGGCAAAGCAGCUGCCGCAGCUUGGACACCAGUCGCCACAGAAACAGUUCAGGUGGGAAAAAAAUUGCAGAGGAAAAGUCAUGGUGUCGUCUUCAGUGCUACUGAACGUGCUGCGCCGCAGCUGCUCCAUCGGCACCACGCGACCCUUCGUCAAUGCACGGCGGUCGGCAGAACCCGCCAAAGCUUUAGAGCAGGUGGGCGGGGCUACGUCAGGGGUGAUGGGUGUGCGGCGGGCCAGCGGAUCAGUCUGUCUGGACAGUGACCGCUUGGUGACCUGGGACUCGUUUGGCAUCUGGGACAACAGGAUCGAGGAGCCAAUACUGCUGCCCUCUAGUGUGAGAUAUGGAAAACCAGUUCCACAGGUCAGUCUGUCCCGGGUGGGCAGUGCGUCGGUUCAGGGUCACAGGAAACAGAAUGAGGACCGUCUCCGCGUGGCCCGUAUCCAUGACAACCUGCUGUACUUUGCCGUGUUUGACGGCCACGGCGGCCCACACGCCGCCGACUACUGCUACACCUUCAUGGAGAAAUUUAUCAGAGAUGCUUUGGAGGAAGAAGACGAUCUGGAAAAAGUUUUAAAGAAAGCGUUUUUAGAUGCAGACAAAAGUCUUCACACACACCUGAGCUACUUCAACGCAGCCUCCUUCCUGACCGCCGGCACCACGGCGACGGUUGCCAUGCUACGUGACGGCGUGGAGCUGGUGGUCGGGAGCGUCGGCGACAGUCGGGCCAUGUUGUGCAGGAAGGGAGGAGCCAAGAAACUCACCACAGACCACACACCUGACCUGAGGGACGAGAGACAACGGAUAUACAGGUUUGGCGGCUACGUGGCCUGGGACAGUACGGGUCAGGCUAACGUUAACGGGCGCCUCGCCAUGACGCGCAGCAUCGGCGACUUCCACCUGAAAAACAGCGGCGUCAUCGCCGAGCCCGACACACGGCGGGUUAUGGUCCGGCACGCCAACGACUCCUUCCUCGCUCUGACCACUGACGGCAUCAACUUCCUGCUGAGUGACCAGGAGGUCUGUGAUGUCAUCAACCAGUGCCAGGACGCCACAGAGGCGGCAGACGUCAUCACUCAGCAGGCGCUGCAGUACGGCUCUGAGGACAACGCCACCGCUAUCGUUGUACCGCUCGGAGCGUGGGGGAAGCAACCGAGCUACGCCGCCGCCUACAGCGUGAGCAGGAACUUCCUUUCCAGCGGGAGGUGGGCGUAGACAAUGGCAUUGAGCCAUUUUGCACUACUUUUUACA